AAUGGGGAUCUCCACAGUCAUCCUUGAAAUAUGUCUUUUAUGGGGUCAAGUUCUAUCUACAGCAACAUCAACAGUGAGCGACACCAGAGAAACUGCUUUUCGGGAGACACAGACACUCAGCUCUGUUUCUGAAUCAGAUCUUCCCAGAACACGUGACCCAUGGCUUCUCCACACCACAGAUGAUGCUUUGUUUGUCACGGAGGAACCCUCAACAGCAAGUGCAGCAGAAGCUUCCCAGCCCCAGUCCACGCUCCUGCCAGCCUCCUGGCAGACCUUAUCCUCACCUGCUCCGUCACCAACAGGGACCGAAUUGGCUUUGGCCCUGAGGCUGGUGAAUGGAGGUGACAGGUGUCAGGGCCGGGUGGAGGUCCUGUACCGAGGCUCCUGGGGCACCGUGUGUGACGACAGCUGGGACACCAACGACGCCAACGUGGUCUGCAGGCAGCUGGGCUGUGGCUGGGCCACGUCAGCCCCAGGAAAUGCCCAGUACGGUCAGGGCUCAGGGCCCAUCGUCCUGGACGACGUGGGUUGCUUGGGGCAUGAGAGCUACCUUUGGAGCUGCCCUCACAGUGGCUGGAACACACACAACUGUGGACACAGCGAGGACGCCAGUGUCGUCUGCUCAGGUUGUAGUCUUCAGAAUACACUUGGACCUGAUGGAGUGGUUUCCCGUCUCCUUCCAGGAACUGAAUCAGGUUUGGCCCUGAGGCUGGUGAAUGGAGGUGACAGAUGUCAGGGCCGGGUGGAGGUCCUGUACCGAGGCUCCUGGGGCACUGUGUGUGACGACAGCUGGGACACCAACGACGCCGACGUGGUCUGCAGGCAGCUGGGCUGUGGCUGGGCCACGUCGGCACCAGGAAAUGCCCGGUACGGUCAGGGCUCAGGGCCCAUCAUCCUGGACGACGUGCACUGCUCGGGGCACGAGAGCUACCUGUGGAGCUGCCCUCACAGUGGCUGGAACACACACAACUGUGGACACAGCGAGGACGCCAGUGUCGUCUGCUCAGGUUGGUCUCAAAUAAGCUGGGUUCCUCCGGACCUCUUCCUCCGGAAGACACAGGAGAGUGCAUUUUCCCGUCUCCUUCCAGGAACUGAAUCAGGUUUGGCCCUGAGGCUGGUGAAUGGAGGUGACAGGUGUCAGGGCCGGGUGGAGGUCCUGUACCGAGGCUCCUGGGGCACCGUGUGUGACGACAGCUGGGACACCAACGACGCCAACGUGGUCUGCAGGCAGCUGGGCUGUGGCUGGGCCACGUCGGCCCCAGGAAAUGCCCGGUACGGUCAGGGCUCAGGGCCCAUCGUCCUGGACGACGUGGGCUGCUCGGGGCACGAGAGCUACCUGUGGAGCUGCCCUCACAACCCCUGGAACACACACAACUGUGGACACAGCGAGGACGCCAGUGUCGUCUGCUCAGGUUGGUCUCAAAUAAGCUGGGUUCCUCCGGACCUCUUCCUCCGGAAGACACAGGAGAGUGCAUUUUCCCGUCUCCUUCCAGGAACUGAAUCAGGUUUGGCCCUGAGGCUGGUGAAUGGAGGUGACAGGUGUCAGGGCCGGGUGGAGGUCCUGUACCGAGGCUCCUGGGGCACCGUGUGUGACGACAGCUGGGACACCAACGACGCCAACGUGGUCUGCAGGCAGCUGGGCUGUGGCUGGGCCACGUCGGCCCCAGGAAAUGCCCGGUACGGUCAGGGCUCAGGGCCCAUCGUCCUGGACGACGUGGGCUGCUCGGGGCACGAGAGCUACCUGUGGAGCUGCCCUCACAACCCCUGGAACACACACAACUGUGGACACAGCGAGGACGCCAGUGUCGUCUGCUCAGAUGCCAGGCCCCAGUCCACGCUCCUGCCAGGUUGGUGGACUUCCGCAACUCCUGCCUAUGGAACUGAAUCAGGUUUGGCCCUGAGGCUGGUGAAUGGAGGUAACAGGUGUCAGGGCCGGGUGGAGGUCCUGUACCGAGGCUCCUGGGGCACCGUGUGUGACGACAGCUGGGACACCAACGACGCCAACGUGGUCUGCAGGCAGCUGGGCUGUGGCUGGGCCACGUCGGCCCCAGGAAAUGCCCGGUACGGUCAGGGCUCAGGGCCCAUUGUCCUGGACGACGUGCACUGCUCGGGGCACGAGAGCUACCUGUGGAGCUGCCCUCACAACCCCUGGAACACACACAACUGUGGACACAGCGAGGACGCCAGUGUCGUCUGCUCAGACUUGGAUCCUGCCGUAACGCUCCAGUCAUCAGGCCUGGGAACUGAAUCAGGUUUGGCCCUGAGGCUGGUGAAUGGAGGUGACAGGUGUCAGGGCCGGGUGGAGGUCCUGUACCGAGGCUCCUGGGGCACCGUGUGUGACGACAGCUGGGACACCAACGACGCCAACGUGGUCUGCAGGCAGCUGGGCUGUGGCUGGGCCACGUCGGCCCCAGGAAAUGCCCGGUACGGUCAGGGCUCAGGGCCCAUCGUCCUGGACGACGUGGGCUGCUCGGGGCACGAGAGCUACCUGUGGAGCUGCCCUCACAACCCCUGGAACACACACAACUGUGGACACAGCGAGGACGCCAGUGUCGUCUGCUCAGAUGCCAGGCCCCAGUCCACGCUCCUGCCAGGUUGGUGGACUUCCGCAACUCCUGCCUAUGGAACUGAAUCAGGUUUGGCCCUGAGGCUGGUGAAUGGAGGUAACAGGUGUCAGGGCCGGGUGGAGGUCCUGUACCGAGGCUCCUGGGGCACCGUGUGUGACGACAGCUGGGACACCAACGACGCCAACGUGGUCUGCAGGCAGCUGGGCUGUGGCUGGGCCACGUCGGCCCCAGGAAAUGCCCGGUACGGUCAGGGCUCAGGGCCCAUUGUCCUGGACGACGUGCACUGCUCGGGGCACGAGAGCUACCUGUGGAGCUGCCCUCACAACCCCUGGAACACACACAACUGUGGACACAGCGAGGACGCCAGUGUCGUCUGCUCAGAUGCCAGGCCCAGGUCCACACUCCUGCCAGGUUGGUGGACUUCCGCAACUCCUGCCAAUGGAACUGAAUCAGGUUUGGCCCUGAGGCUGGUGAAUGGAGGUGACAGGUGUCAGGGCCGGGUGGAGGUCCUGUACCGAGGCUCCUGGGGCACCGUGUGUGACGACAGCUGGGACACCAACGACGCCAACGUGGUCUGCAGGCAGCUGGGCUGUGGCUGGGCCACAUCGGCCCCAGGAAAUGCCCGGUACGGUCAGGGCUCAGGGCCCAUCGUCCUGGACGACGUGGGCUGCUCGGGGCACGAGAGCUACCUGUGGAGCUGCCCUCACAACCCCUGGAACACACACAACUGUGGACACAGCGAGGACGCCAGUGUCGUCUGCUCAGGUUGGUCUCAAAUAAGCUGGGUGUCCCUCUCUGGGGAUGCCAGGCCCAGGUCCACACUCCUGCCAGGUUGGUGGACUUCCGCAACUCCUGCCAAUGGAACUGAAUCAGGUUUGGCCCUGAGGCUGGUGAAUGGAGGUGACAGGUGUCAGGGCCGGGUGGAGGUCCUGUACCGAGGCUCCUGGGGCACCGUGUGUGACGACAGCUGGGACACCAACGACGCCAACGUGGUCUGCAGGCAGCUGGGCUGUGGCUGGGCCACAUCGGCCCCAGGAAAUGCCCGGUACGGUCAGGGCUCAGGGCCCAUCGUCCUGGACGACGUGGGCUGCUCGGGGCACGAGAGCUACCUGUGGAGCUGCCCUCACAACCCCUGGAACACACACAACUGUGGACACAGCGAGGACGCCAGUGUCGUCUGCUCAGAUGCCAGGCCCCAGUCCACGCUCCUGCCAGGUUGGUGGACUUCCGCAACUCCUGCCUAUGGAACUGAAUCAGGUUUGGCCCUGAGGCUGGUGAAUGGAGGUGACAGGUGUCAGGGCCGGGUGGAGGUCCUGUACCGAGGCUCCUGGGGCACCGUGUGUGACGACAGCUGGGACACCAACGACGCCAACGUGGUCUGCAGGCAGCUGGGCUGUGGCUGGGCCACGUCGGCCCCAGGAAAUGCCCGGUACGGUCAGGGCUCAGGGCCCAUCGUCCUGGACGACGUGCACUGCUCGGGGCACGAGAGCUACCUGUGGAGCUGCCCUCACAACCCCUGGAACACACACAACUGUGGACACAGCGAGGACGCCAGUGUCGUCUGCUCAGAUGCCAGGCCCAGGUCCACACUCCUGCCAGGUUGGUGGACUUCCGCAACUCCUGCCUAUGGAACUGAAUCAGGUUUGGCCCUGAGGCUGGUGAAUGGAGGUGACAGGUGUCAGGGCCGGGUGGAGGUCCUGUACCGAGGCUCCUGGGGCACCGUGUGUGACGACAGCUGGGACACCAACGACGCCAACGUGGUCUGCAGGCAGCUGGGCUGUGGCUGGGCCACGUCGGCCCCAGGAAAUGCCCGGUACGGUCAGGGCUCAGGGCCCAUCGUCCUGGACGACGUGGGCUGCUCGGGGCACGAGAGCUACCUGUGGAGCUGCCCUCACAACCCCUGGAACACACACAACUGUGGACACAGCGAGGACGCCAGUGUCGUCUGCUCAGAUGCCAGGCCCAGGUCCACGCUCCUGCCAGGUUGGUGGACUUCCGCAACUCCUGCCUAUGGAACUGAAUCAGGUUUGGCCCUGAGGCUGGUGAAUGGAGGUGACAGGUGUCAGGGCCGGGUGGAGGUCCUGUACCGAGGCUCCUGGGGCACCGUGUGUGACGACAGCUGGGACACCAACGACGCCAACGUGGUCUGCAGGCAGCUGGGCUGUGGCUGGGCCACGUCGGCCCCAGGAAAUGCCCGGUACGGUCAGGGCUCAGGGCCCAUCGUCCUGGACGACGUGCACUGCUCGGGGCACGAGAGCUACCUGUGGAGCUGCCCUCACAACCCCUGGAACACACACAACUGUGGACACAGCGAGGACGCCAGUGUCGUCUGCUCAGAUGCCAGGCCCCAGUCCACGCUCCUGCCAGGUUGGUGGACUUCCGCAACUCCUGCCUAUGGAACUGAAUCAGGUUUGGCCCUGAGGCUGGUGAAUGGAGGUGACAGGUGUCAGGGCCGGGUGGAGGUCCUGUACCGAGGCUCCUGGGGCACCGUGUGUGACGACAGCUGGGACACCAACGACGCCAACGUGGUCUGCAGGCAGCUGGGCUGUGGCUGGGCCACGUCGGCCCCAGGAAAUGCCCGGUACGGUCAGGGCUCAGGGCCCAUCGUCCUGGACGACGUGCACUGCUCGGGGCACGAGAGCUACCUGUGGAGCUGCCCUCACAACCCCUGGAACACACACAACUGUGGACACAGCGAGGACGCCAGUGUCGUCUGCUCAGAUGCCAGGCCCCAGUCCACGCUCCUGCCAGGUUGGUGGACUUCCGCAACUCCUGCCUAUGGAACUGAAUCAGGUUUGGCCCUGAGGCUGGUGAAUGGAGGUGACAGGUGUCAGGGCCGGGUGGAGGUCCUGUACCGAGGCUCCUGGGGCACCGUGUGUGACGACAGCUGGGACACCAACGACGCCAACGUGGUCUGCAGGCAGCUGGGCUGUGGCUGGGCCACGUCGGCCCCAGGAAAUGCCCGGUACGGUCAGGGCUCAGGGCCCAUCGUCCUGGACGACGUGGGUUGCUCGGGGCACGAGAGCUACCUGUGGAGCUGCCCUCACAACCCCUGGAACACACACAACUGUGGACACAGCGAGGACGCCAGUGUCGUCUGCUCAGCUGCACAGAUCAGUUCUACUACCCCAGAUUGGUGGCGUCCAUCAACUCCAACCACGGAAAGAACUGAAUCAGGUUUGGCCCUGAGGCUGGUGAAUGGAGGUGACAGGUGUCAGGGCCGGGUGGAGGUCCUGUACCGAGGCUCCUGGGGCACCGUGUGUGACGACAGCUGGGACACCAACGACGCCGACGUGGUCUGCAGGCAGCUGGGCUGUGGCUGGGCCACGUCGGCCCCAGGAAAUGCCCGGUACGGUCAGGGCUCAGGGCCCAUCGUCCUGGACGACGUGCGCUGCUCGGGGCACGAGAGCUACCUGUGGAGCUGCCCUCACAGUGGCUGGAACACACACAACUGUGGACACAGUGAGGACGCCAGUGUCGUCUGCUCAGCUGCACAGAUCAGUUCUACUACCCCAGAUUGGUGGCGUCCAUCAACUCCAACCACGGAAAGCCCCUCUUCAAGUUGUGGUGGCUUCUUAUCCAGUGCCAGUGGGACAUUUUCCAGCCCAUCCUACCCUGGAUACUACCCCAACAAUGCCAACUGUGUCUGGGAAAUACAAGUGAACUCCAGCUACCUCAUUAACCUGGGCUUCAGCAGUCUGCAGUUGGAGAUGCACAGUAGUUGCAGGUUUGAUUAUGUUGAAAUCUUUGAUGGAUCAUUGAGCAGCAAUGUUUCGCUGAGGAAAAUUUGUAAUUACACCAGGGAUAUAUUCACCUCUUCUUACAACCGAAUGACUAUUCGAUUUCGAAGUGAUGUCAGUAUCCAAAACACUGGCUUUUCCGCUUGGUAUAACUCCUUUCCAAGAGACGCCAGCUUGAGAUUGGUCGAUUGGAACUCCUCCCAUCCUGCAUGUGCCGGGCGUGUGGAAAUUUACCACGGUGGCCAGUGGGGAACAGUGUGUGAUGACAACUGGGGCAUUCAGGAUGCCCAGGUGGUGUGCAGACAGCUGGGGUGUGGCUAUGCAGUAUCAGCCCCAGGAAACGCCUAUUUUGGCUCCGGCUCUGGCCCCAUCACCUUGGAUGACGUGGAGUGCUCAGGGGUGGAAUCUAACCUCUGGCAGUGCCGGAACCGAGGCUGGUUCUCCCAUAACUGUGCCCACCACGAAGACGCUGGGGUCAUUUGCACAGGAACCUAUACAACCACACCUGAUCCUGUUUACAACCUCACCCGCCCAGCCACAAAUUAUACCUGCGGAGGCUUCCUGUCCCAAUCUUCAGGGAGCUUCUUCAGCCCAUUCUACCCUGGGAACUAUCCGAACAGCGCCAAGUGUGUGUGGGACAUUGAAGUUCAGAACGACUACCGUGUGACUGUGGUCUUCAGAGAUGUCCAGCUUGAAGGCGGCUGUAACUACGAUUAUAUUGAAGUGUUUGACGGCCCUUACCACAGUUCCCCUCUGCUCGCCCGGGUUUGUGAUGGGGCAAGGGGCUCCUUCACCUCGUCGUCCAACUUCAUGUCCAUUCGCUUCAUCAGCGAUGGCAGCGUCACGAAGAGAGGGUUCCAGGCUGAAUACUACUCCAGAUUUUUCAAUGGGAGCACAAAGCUGCUUUGCCUGCAGAAUCACAUGCGAGCCAGCGUGAGCGUGGGCUACCUCCUGUCCCUGGGCUACUCUGCCAGAGACCUUGUCAUUCCCGGCUGGGACAGGAACUACCAGUGUCAGCCCCAGAUUGCCUCGAGCCAGGUGACCUUCACGGUUCCCUACUCCGGCUGUGGCAGCACCCAGCAGGUGGAUAAUGAUACCAUCACCUACUCCAACUUCCUCAAAGCAGCUGUUUCGAGUGGCAUCAUCAAGAGGAGGAAGGACCUCCUCAUUCACAUCAGCUGCAAAAUGCUCCAGAACACCUGGGUUAACACGAUGUACAUUGCUAAUGACACCCUCGAGAUCAAGAACAUACAAUACAGCAAUUUUGACGUGAACAUUUCCUUUUAUACAUCCCCUUCAUUCUUAUAUCCUGUGACCAGCAGCCCAUACUAUGUGGACCUGAACCAGGAUUUGUACCUUCAGGCUGAAAUCCUCCAUUCUAACGCCUCCCUGGCCUUAUUUGUGGACACCUGUGUGGCGUCACCAGAUCCCAAUGACUUUACAUCUUUGACUUAUGAUCUCAUCCGGAGUGGGUGUGUGAAGGAUGAAACCUACCAAUCCUACCAGCAGCCCUCACCCAACGUCCUCCGCUUCAAGUUCAGUUCCUUCCACUUCCUGAGCCGCUUCCCUUCCGUGUACCUGCAGUGCAAGAUGGUCGUGUGCAGGGCGUACGAUGCCUCGUCCCGCUGCAGCAGAGGCUGCAUCGUGAGGGCCAAGAGGGGCGUGGGCUCCUACCAGGAGAAGGUGGAUGUCGCCCUGGGACCCAUCCUGCUGCAGGUCCCGCACGCUGAGAAGAGGAGCCUGGACCGGCCAGAGGUUGACCUGGAAGAGGAGGCCAGCGCUCAGGGGAGCUCCCACAGUGCCACCAUCCUUGCUGGGGUCUUCCUGCUCGUGCUCUUGGCCGUAGCAGCCUUCGCACUGGGGAGGAGCACCCGUGCUGUCCGUGGCCUGCCUCUGAGCUCUAGGAUGUGAAGCAGGGGAACACACGCGAUGCUCGGACGCAGGGCCCCACGCUCCUGAGCCCGUACGAGGAGGGGAGAAACCAGUGUCCAGAGCUUGGCACCCAGAGCACCCAACUCUGGCCCAGGUGCACAGUGGUGGGUGGAGGUGGGGGUGAGAAAGAUGGGAGCAGGUUUUCCCAGAAACACAGACUUGGUGCCGGGACAAAAUGUCAGGCAAGCAGGUGCUGGAACCUAAAAUCCCACGUGAAGCAGUUAGCCGCACACUGGGAGCGGCAGCGCUUGUUGUAGAUAGAAUUUCUUUUCUGACUUUUUAUGAACCAGCUUCUUUGGCCUGUAGUGUAUAUCUUAGCCUUUUCUUAUUAUAGGACAAGCCAAAUAAAGAACUUUU